UUACCCAACAGCUGAUUUCAAUUGUCAAACGCCACGAAACAACACGCAACGUUUAAUUGUUUGUAUUUAAUUUUUCUAACAUUCCAACUCAUUGCAAUCAUACCGGCAAAUAAUGGCUAUGACAAAUUUACAACAGUGGCUUCUAUAUAUUGGACUGUUUGCGAUACCUUAUGUAGCGAUAGUGGCUGGAUAUCUACAGGCGCCUGUGUUAACCAAAUGGGAAUUGGAAAUUCAACUGUUACCAAUUGUGCUGCUCGUUUCAUUUGGGGCUUACGCAGCCACAGUUGUACUCUAUCGCACCUUCACAUUCAACGACUGCCCACUGGCAGCCAAAGAACUACAGCAACAAAUUGAAGAAGCGCGGAAAGAUUUAAAAACAAAAGGUUUUAUAUUUCGCGACUAAAUUUUUUAGUAACUGCAAUGAUUUAUUAAACUGGCCAAGAUUGCAUUCACAUUAAUUAAAUAAAUAUGGAAUAUACAAAAACGUUUAACUAUGUAGAGGAAUAUUUUACAUAGCUAAUUGUAUGUAAGUAGCUUUCCACCUAGAAGCGAGUUUCAUGAGUUUAGUAAAAACUUGCCCAACACGUUUUUUAAUCACAUUCUAUGCAGGUUUAUCUUGUUUACAUAAUAAAAUCCGAUUAUAGCAUCUGAA